UUGAACUCAUCCUUCUUAUCACCACACAGUUCCUCUUCCUUGAACCAACAUCAGCUCCAAUAGCGAAUAUAGAAAUCUCCACAAUCAGACUUACUACUAUUACUACUAGCUACUCUCUUUCAUAAUCCUUUCUUGAUCUACCAUACAUCAAAAUGCAGGUUACUUACUUAGCCACCGCUAUUUUCAUGUCCUACGGCAUCCAUGCUCAGGCGAAUAGCAAUGCAGCUGCAGGUGCCAAAGUUGCUUCAGCUGGUCGAGCUCCUGCUCCCGGUGAAAAACAACCCAAUUUGAUUCCUAUGAAUUGUACUCAAGCGUACUUGCCCUUCUCGGAGGCCGAUGUUGCGGCCUUGUCGGCCAACGACACGAAGACUGCCUCUAACGGAAACUAUUCCACUAUUCCCACGGAAGCUGCUUGCAAAGGGCCUGCUGGAACUGUUGAUGGUUUAUGUGACAUCGGUUCAUGCGGAAACCAUCCCGUUUGCAAUACUUGCGUCGAGUUGAUUAUCACUGGGCCCAAUACCACAAAAACUGGAACCACUACUAUACCCCAAGUUACCUGCACCAACAACUAUUUCUUUGGUAACAGCACUGAUCCCAUCAAAAAUGUCUGUACCGAUGGAAAUGACAAAACUUACACCUGCACAGGUGGUUGCACUAGCUUCACAUCUUGCCAAAUGUGUGUCAGUGUCAAUGACCCUGCACUCCAAGGUCCUUAAGGCCUUCAAUUCAGUUUACCCAGAAUAGGGCUGCCGUGUUUACAUUUUCUUGUUCUAUUCAAAGCUCUUUUGUCCCCUUACUCAAAGACCCUUAUAAGAGCUGUCAAUGUAGUUUCCCCAACAUAGGGCUGUUAGGUUUGACUCAUUCUCUCAUUAGUUCAAAAGCAAUCCAAUUCCCUUGCUUCAUGAGCACAUACCAAUUGAAAUUCACAAUUGCCAAUUUAAAUCCAGAGUAAGAAUUUUCCAAACUGAGAAAUCUGAUUAGGAGUUUAAUUUUUUCCAAUUGGUAUCCAUGGAAAAUGAAGGGACCAAAAUAUCUGUUGGUAUAUCUUUGCAAAGUAUAUGUGUUCAAAAAAUACACGCUUUCCCAGUAUUUCUAACCUGUAGUAUAUCACUAGUGUCUAGAGGCGGCUUCGCCGCCAAUAGUUUUUGUAUCAGCUGCAGAUCCAUCAGCAAUA